AUGAGCUUCUUUGGGUUUGGGCAGAGUGCGGAGUUGGAGUUGGUGCUGAGCGAUGCAGAGAGCAGGCGCAGGGCUGAGCACAAGACUGAAGAGGGCAAGAAGGAGAAAUAUUUCCUCUUCUAUGAUGGGGAGACAGUAUCAGGUCGGGUCACCCUCACCCUCAAGCACCCAAACAAGCGGCUGGAGCACCAAGGCAUCAAGGUGGAGUUCAUCGGACAAAUUGAGCUCUACUAUGACCGGGGCAACCACCAUGAAUUUGUCUCUCUGGUGAAGGAUCUGGCCCGUCCUGGUGAGUUCACCCAGUCACAGACAUUCGACUUUGAAUUCACACAUGUGGAAAAACCAUAUGAGUCCUACACGGGGCAGAACGUGAAGUUACGGUACUUCCUCCGAGCGACUGUCAGCCGCAGAUUAAAUGAUGUGGUGAAGGAGAUGGACAUCGUCGUGCACACACUUAGCACCUACCCGGAGCUCAAUUCCUCUAUCAAGAUGGAGGUGGGAAUCGAGGAUUGCCUGCACAUCGAGUUUGAGUAUAACAAAUCCAAGUACCACUUAAAAGAUGUGAUUGUUGGAAAAAUCUACUUCCUGUUGGUGCGGAUCAAGAUCAAACACAUGGAGAUAGAUAUCAUCAAGAGAGAGACAACAGGGACUGGCCCCAAUGUUUACCACGAGAAUGAUACAAUAGCUAAAUAUGAGAUCAUGGAUGGGGCACCUGUGAGAGGGGAGUCCAUUCCAAUCAGACUCUUCCUGGCAGGCUAUGAGCUGACACCCACUAUGAGGGACAUCAAUAAGAAGUUCUCAGUGCGUUAUUACCUCAACCUGGUACUGAUAGAUGAAGAAGAAAGGCGCUACUUCAAACAGCAGGAGGUGGUGCUAUGGCGGAAAGGAGACAUUGUGAGGAAGAGCAUGUCCCACCAGGCAGCCAUUGCCUCUCAGCGGUUUGAGGGGACGUCCUCCCAUGCUGAGGCCAGGACCCCCAGCCAGCCUGCAGAAAACAACAGCCGGCAGUGA